ACAAUAAAAUGUGGAUACAAGCUGUAUACAAAAAUACAAACACAAUUUACUAAAACUAUUCAAUUAAUACUAAUAUUGAGCUAUUAAAACGGCAACAGUAAUGACAACGGAAGAAGAAGCCCCCUGAACAGCAAAUCGUCCUCAUCUGGAUUCACUGCUUCCCUGGCUGGACUUCUGCCUGCUGCCCUUGAGUGGCUUCACAGCCUGGAUUGAUCUUCAUCGCCCGCCUCACCUACGUACCUGUUGAACUACGUCCCCACCUCCCAUUGGACAUCCGCCUGCUUCCCGCCCCAGCCAUUUCCCAGCUGCGGCCCCUUUAAUGCGCUCUUUCUCCCAGCGGCCACGCGGUGGCGCUGCGGAGCUGGAAAGCUUCCGCCACUGCGGCGACGCCGGAGCGAACAGGAUCCUCGCCUGACACCCUGAGGAGCAGCAUGGAGCGCCGUCCCAAGGCCCAGCGAUGCCUGCCAGGCCAGGAUUCGCACUGAGGACGGCACAGAGAGGGGCCUGCCUUUUUGAAAAUGACCCGCACCGACCCGCCGGAUCUCCUGUCGUCGACGGUCUACCGCGACGUCCAAACGGCCUCGCCCUUCCCCGUACCGCACCAGCCUGCCAUGUCGGCGACACCGCAGCCCUUCCACAAACGCCACUGCCGCAGCUUCGACUUCCUGGAGUCGCUGGACGAUGAGCCACCGCCUGCCGCCUGCAAGCCGCCACAACCUCGUCGGGGAAGAGAUGCCCCCAAAGACCCAGACCCGGCGCGCCGGGCGCGCUCCAAAAGCGCCCCCCGUGCCCCGCCAGCCUUCGCCCCGGCUGCCUCGCCUCCGGCCCGGCGCGGACGCAGCCUGGCCAACGAGCUGCACCCGGUGAAGCUGCAGCCGCAGCGCAGCCGCAUCUCCCCUUUUUCGGGCACUCAUUACGGCGGCAACGCCCCGCCGGCGGAGGCGAGGGCCCCACGCCGGCGCCUGGACAUCAAGCCCGACGAAGCAGCACUGCGGCACGCUGCCCGCGCCCCGGGAAGGAGCGACUUCCCUCCCGCUCGUGGCUUGACCGUGCCUGGCAUCUGGCCGGCGCCCAUGUCCCGCACGCCGACGCCCAGCGACACCUACAGCGGGGAGCAACGGGCGCCGGGAGAACUGUACAACGCGGGCGAGAGCGGGUGCCUCCCAUACCCGCAACCGACACCCCUCAAGAUAUUCUAUGCCGACGCCUACGACGGAGGAUACGCACCACCUUACAGCGGCCCGUUUUAUGCCGACGAGCCACCCCCCCAAACCGGCUUCCGCCCGAUCCCGGCAAGGACCCUUUUUGUUGACGCCCACAGCGGGACGUACCCCGUCCAGGAGGCGCCCGGGCGGACAUACUAUGGUGCCGAGCCCCCGUUUUACGGCGAAGACCCCCACGCCUUCUACGCCCAGGUCCGGGAGCCCAUUUCGCGGACAUACCCUCAUCCGCACAGCGCCCCUUAUGACGGCUGGUACCCGCCCGCCCGGACAGCGCCGCCCUACCAGACUUGGCAGGUUUGCCGCUACCCGCCGGCGGCCCCCCGCACCCCCCUAUCCUCCUGGCACGCAGGCACGCCGCGCUUGGGAGCUGACACGCGCAGCUACUCCAAGUCGUGGGACAACAUUUUGACGCCGCGCGGGUGCCCGGACCAGCCGCUUUGGCGCGGGCGCAGCUACGAGAACCUUCUGGCGCGCCGCGAGGCACCGCGGGCCCUAUCCCCUGACACCCGGCGCCCCUCGCCCGUGGUGGUGACGCUCUCCAGCUCACCGAAACGCUACGCCGCCCUCUCGCUGUCGGAGAACUCGCUGCUGGAGAAGCCGCCCGGCGAUGGGCGCACCGGAUGGUUUGUCACGCCCGAGAUCACCAUCACCGACAACGACAUCCGCGCCGACGGGCGCCGGGACGCGCCCGAGAUCUCGGCGCGCCAACGCAGCCUGGAGCAGCUGGACGAGCUCAUCACUGACUUGGUGAUUGACUACAAGCCGCCGCCGGCGGGUGAAACGGGCGACUUCUCCGAGCAGCUCCGGCGCCUGAUCGGCACCGCCAAAGAGCCGCCGGUGCACGAUGCCAGCUCUCCGGACGCCAGCACCGACGAGGACGACAUCCUCAUGUGCUCCAACGCCCGUUGCGGCCGCACAGAGGCCAUGUUCCACGCCUGUCUCUACUUCAAGUCGUGCCACAGCUGCCGCACCGUCUACUGCUCGCGGCACUGCCGGCGGCAAGACUGGGCAUCGCACAAGGAGCGCUGCGUCUUCGGCCGCGCCGGCAGCGCCUGCCGCAACGUGCUGCGCUUCUGCCGCGAGGACGCGCCGGCGCACCGGGCCUUUUCCCGCGUGGCCCGCGUGGGCUUCCUGUCUCGCGGGCGCGGUGUCCUCUUCCUCGGUUUCCCCAGCCCCGGCUCGGCCGAGAACUUCCUCCGCUUUGGCCUGGAGAGCCUGCUCAUGUCGCCAACGUACCUGUCGCUCCGAGAGCUGGGCGCCUAUGCCGGCAACCUGGGCUCCUACGCCGGGGAUUUGCGCCGCGCCGGGGAGGACUACGACCCUGGCGAGUGCUUCGUGCUCAACGUCACUGUGGCGGUGGGCGGGAAAGCGGUGCCUGGCGAGCGCCCGGCGCCCGUGGUCCGCAAACACGCCAAGGUGGCGCUGGCUUCGGCGCCCGGCCCGGCACACGCCGAAGGCGACAUGGAGACGCUGAUUCUGACGCCGCCGCCAGGGACAGCCGACCUGGGGCAGGAGGGCGAGGUGGGCCGGCGGGCCCGGGAGGUGUGCUUCGUGCACAUCCAGCGCGAACUUCGCACCCGGGGUGUGGUGCUGCGCCGCGAGUUCCCGCAGGUCUACGAGCGGCUGUGCGCCUUCGUGGAGGGCGGCCGACGUUUCACCCCCACCACCAUCUACCCCGUGGACAAGCGGACGGGCAAGCAGUUCCUGUGCAUGAUCAUGGCGGCGUCCGAGCCGCGAACCCUCGACUGGGUUGCCAGCCCCAACCUCCUGGACGACCUGAUGUGAGCCUUCUUCAAGUGGCAGGGAGUUCCAAUGGAAAGAACUCCCAAUCGGGCAAAAAACACACAUGGGCUCCGUUCCUUUUGCUGCAGUUCGUGCGAUGUCUCUUUGUUCAAGUGGUGGGGAGUUCCAAUGGAAAGAACUCCCAAACGGACGAAAAACGGACAUCCAUUUAUUUCGCCCUCCAAAAAUGGGGAUCGUUCCUUUUUCUGCUCAAGUGGUAGGGAGUUCCAACGUGGAAAGAGAUAGGCAGGGCCCUCAGAUCUACAAUCACCCCCAAAACCAAUCCUGGCCUUUGAAAUCUCCGCCUUGCCACAUUUCGGCAGUUUGCUGUUUUCAGUUACUCAGAAAUCCCAGAUUUAUUGGUGAAGUUUUGUAUGAUUAUUUUGGUUUUUUGAUAUCUCUGCACCCGAAGGGAUGAUUAAAACCCCUGGGUGUUCAGUCAUUCAGUCAAUUGGGGGGGAGGGAAUAAGAAUAAUGUCGUAAAAAGUGGGGCGCAUUGACACAGCAAAAAUCCGCAAAAAGGGACCUUUAUGGAUAUUUCCUCAAGGAAUGCCAAAUACGUUUUAUCGGACAAUUACUACAAUAAAUAUGAUUGGUGAAGUUUUGUAGUAUUAUUGCACUUUUUAAGGCUGUCGAGAGGAACAUGGAGGACAAAACUAUACAAUGGGCACAUUGAAUGUCGUAUAAAAAAGAUAUUUUUUAUUUGACA